AUGUCGUCGGGGGCUGCGGUCUCGUCAAUGUCGUUGUUGCCGUGCUUGGGUGAGAAGUCAAACUUCAGCACGUGGAAGUUUCGCCUUAAACUGAUGUUAGAAGAUAAACAAGUUGCAUACGUAUUAAAAGAAGGAGAUAAUGAAAAAGAAAAAUCCGCCGAAUUUAUCAAAGACGAUUCGAGGGCAAAGUCUUUAAUUGCAAUGUGCGUUUCCGACCGCUACAUUGAAAUAAUAAAGGAUGGGAAAACAGCGAGAGAGAUGAUUACGUUAUUGGAAAAUACAUUUGAGAGAAAAAGUGUCUACAACAGGUUCUACCUAAAACGCAAAUUAAUAACUCUAAAGUGCAAUGAGCCAUUAGAAACAUACCUCAUAAAGUUCUCAUCAAUUGUUAAUGAUCUCCAGGCGAUUGAAGUCAAAAUUGAUGAUGAAGAUAAUAUUUGUUACCUGCUGUCAUCGCUGCCUAAGGAAUAUGAUCCUGUAAUUACAUCCAUCGAGACCAUGGCUACAGAGAAGAGACUGACAUUUGAUUUUGUAAAAGCCAGAUUGCUGGACGCUGAGACAAAAAUCAUCACAAACAAGGACACAACCGAUCAAGAGAGUGCAUUCAUCACAUGUUUUACUUGUGGUAAGCCGGGACACAAAAGCUAUGAGUGUAAAGAUAGGACUAAUGAAAAAGAGCCACAUCGAGGCAGGGGCCGUGGGAGAGCUGCUGGCCGAGGUCGCAGAGCUGCACGAGGACAACCCACACGAGGUCGAGGACAACGUGGUCAAGCCCAAGAGACGUCCCUAGCUGGUAAGGCGGAAGUUGGAUUUUUUGCCAGUGAAUACAUGUUUGGAUUAACUGAUAAUUCUAAUAUUACAUUUAUCGUAGAUUCAGUGAAAUAUGUAAUAUCAGUAAUAACAAGAGUGAUGAUGUUCUUUCUAACAUUUGGCAUAGACGGU